GAGUGCAGCUGUCAGCGCGCACUAGGUGUGCAUCACCGUGGACCACCGCUCAGUAUCCGCGCGCUCUACUUACAGACACAGAGAUGUUGCAACGUUCUACCUGACUUUCUUAUACGUUUUUCUGCUGUUUGCACGUGAAAUAGCGCGAGUUCCGUUGCCUGCGAGCCAAAAGGAGUGAGCGGGUUAUCAUGAGUUGUCUGGAUGUUAUGUACCCGGCUUAUGGUCAUUACACACCGUACGCGCCCAAAGCUUCAGCGUUCAUUAGCACUUUACCGGCACCCAUUGGUCUGAGAAGCCCCUUAUCUCGCUGUAGGGAUCCGAUGGACAGCGUGGGGGCCACAUGCUGCUCUGAGAGUGUUCCGGUGUCUGCCAGGAGCUCCAGCUCGGGGGGUCCGUCCCCAUCGCCGUAUCCCUCAGCCGGACAGAUGGAGCAGGCUACAAAGGACAAGGAGGUCGGGGAGGCGGAAUACCUGAGCUCGCGAUGCAUCCUAUUCACCUAUUACCAAGGGGACAUUAGCAGUGUGGUGGAUGAACAUUUCUCCAGAGCUCUCAGCACCUACAUGGAGGCAGAGGGCAAAAAGAGGCAAAGCGAUCCUAGCACAGACGCUUCGUCCUCGAGCAGCCGGCGCAGUUUCCCUCCAUCGUUCUGGGACAGUAACUACCCAUCUCCACUCAGCCGACCACACUGUGAUCCCGCAGGUGCUCCCACAUAUGCUAUGGACCCGUUCGCCCAGGCCCUGCACCCGGGUCUGUCUCACUCACAUGCUCACCCACACCCAUCAGAGUCCUGGAGUUUCUCUCAAAGCCAGCCCUAUGCUCCCCCACGGCCCCUCCAUGAACUGUACUCCCCUCCUGGGCUGGAUCCUCACUAUGGCCCCCUGCUGAUGCCCACUGUCCGGCCACCACAUCUCCCGGCGUUACCUGGGCAUUAUGAUGUAGGAAAGCUUGAACCCACUUCCACGUGGCCGGGACUGCUUCCGCCUGGGGAAGUGGCACAGAGCCUGGCCCUCAACAUGGAAUCGGGUCUCCAGCAUCACAAGAAAGGGAAGGAGCUCUACUGGUUUUAAUGAGAAGCCCUUUAUCGACCAUCCAAUUAAAGCCUGAGUUUGGCUCAUUGUAGCCGAACUGUUGUUUCUUUAGCCCCCACGCACAACGGCUCGGCACCAGCUCUGCACACGCUCUGAACACGCUCCAGGACUAUUUGUGUGCACCAUGGAGAUAUGAACAUAGGGUGAUGAGAGAAGGCCUGGGGGGAGGCAGGGGUGCUAGACUGCAUGGUCUCUCUCUCUCUCUCUCUCUCUCUCUCUCUUUUGAUCUUUUAUUUUCCCUCUUUUUGAUCUUUUUAUUUUUUAUUUUUAUUAAUUUAUUGUGUUGUUAAAAUCCAGCUUGACCUGUUUGGACAUUGAGAUGUGGAAUACAUUGAAUGGUACCGUGUACAGAAUGAGACAUGAUGGGCAGAUGACAGAUGGAUUGAUUAAUAAAAAAUAAAAAAAAUCUGGUAUUAACUGGCAAGCUGUACAUAUUCUUGCUCUUUUUUGUGGUGAUCGAACUACUAAGGAUGGCAAUUAUGUAUAAAAUUUUGUAUUAUAUCCUUGGUAUAAUUUUUUCAUUCUUGUAAAGUAUUAUUAUUUAUAUAUAGUAUUUAUGUGUUUCAAUUACAACACACUUAUGGCCAGUGCUGUUACCGGUAGUUUUUUUGUUUGUUUUUUUUGUCAUAGGCAAUGUACUAUGAAAACAGCUACAGUAAAUCUGAGAGAACUCAAAGAAUUAAUUAAUCGUGUCCAAUUAAAAGAUAUGAUUUCCCAAGUUAACGAGCCACUGUAUAGAACUGAUAAGGAUUUGUAGACAAGGAAUGUGUGGUAUGAUGUUGUACAGGGGAAGUCAUUUUUGUGUGUUUUUUUUUUUUCUAUGUGUGGGUCACUUUAUUGAACUGCUGAUAAUGAAUACAUUUGCUAUGUUAAGCUUAAAAAGUGCUUGUAUGUCAAUAUUAAACAUCCAUUUAAAUAUGGUAUCAUGUUCCUGUCAUAGCCUAGUACCCCUCGCUAUGGAUAUGAAAUAGUACACUGUAAAAAGUGCUAACCUGCAAUUGUUACCUUAAGGAUUGAGGAUGCUCUUAGGAACCUUCAAUGCAGAUGACAUUUUUUUUGUAGCCUUCCCCAAAUCUGUACCUCGACUCAGUCCUGUCUCUGAGCUCUGCAGGCAGUUCCUUUGACCUCUUGGGUUGGUUUUUGCUCUGAUAUGCAUUUUCAGCUGUGAGACCUUAUAUAGAUAGGUGUGUGCCUUUCCAAAUCAUGUCCAAUCAAUUGAAUUUGCCACAGGUGGACUCCAAUCAAAAUGUAGAAACAUUUCAAAUAUGAUCCAGAGAAAUGGGAUGCACCUGAGCUAAAUAAGAAAAGUUAUCAAAAAUAUGUUUUUUGCUUUGUCUUUAUGGGGUAUGGAGUGUAGAUUGAUGUGAAAAAAAUAAUUUCAAGCAUUUUAGCAUAAGACUGCAACAUAAAAAAUGUGAAGGGG